UUUCUUCUUGUAGUGAAUGGCCGUUUCUUGGAGGAUGGGGCCAGGGCGGGCAAUGGCGGCCGCCUUGAUCCUUUUCAUCGGAGCUAUGUGCGCGGCGGCGAUGGCUGGAUCGUCCGACAGCGAUCUCUCUGGUGAGUAUGCGAGUUGGUGCGCGAAAUUUGGGAAGGAGUGCGCGUCAAGCAACUCCCUCGGCGAUCACCGCUUUGAGACCUUCAAGGAGAACUUCAGGUACAUCGAGGAGCACAAUCGCGCGGGCAAGCACUCGUAUCGUCUGGGGCUCAACCAGUUCUCGGAUCUCACGAGUGAAGAGUUUCGGCAGCGAUUCCUCGGCUUGCGGCCGGAUUUAAUCGACUCGCCGGUGUUGAAGAUGCCACGGGACAGCGAUAUCGAGGAAGGAUUCCAGAAUGUGGAUCUCCCUGCUAGCGUGGAUUGGAGGCAACAUGGCGCGGUCACGGCACCCAAAGAUCAAGGCUCGUGUGGGGGAUGCUGGGCUUUCGCCACGACUGGCGCUAUAGAAGGAAUCAACCAGAUUGUCACGGGCCAGCUUGUGAGCUUAUCCGAGCAAGAGUUGAUCGACUGUGACAAGAAGGCUGAUAAAGGAUGCGAUGGAGGUCUGAUGGAGAACGCAUAUCAGUUCAUCGUGGAGAACGGUGGACUUGAUACUGAGACGGACUAUCCAUACCAUGCCUCUGAGAGCCACUGUAACAUGAAGAAGUUGAAUUCCCGCGUGGUGGCCAUUGAUGGUUACAAAGCUAUACCGGAGGGUGACGAGCAGGCUCUCUUGCUUGCUGUGGCCAAGCAGCCCGUGAGCGUGGCGAUUGAAGGCGCUAGUAAAGACUUCCAGCACUAUGCCUCGGGAGUGUUCACUGGCCAUUGUGGUGAAGAGAUCAACCACGGAGUCCUGAUCGUCGGCUAUGGCACCGAGGACGGCCUCGACUACUGGAUCGUCAAGAACUCGUGGGCCGCCACCUGGGGAGACGGCGGCUUCGUAAAGAUGCAGCGGAACACUGGCAAGCGCGGAGGCUUGUGCAGCAUCAACACGCUGGCCUCGUAUCCGGUAAAGUCUGGUGGCAAUCCUCCACAGCCGGAACCUCGGCCACCAUCGCCGGAGCCACCAUCGCCAGCUCCCGAGCAGCAGUGCGACAAGUUCAACAAGUGUCCCUCGGGCACCACUUGCUGCUGCCGCUUUCCAAUCGGUCCAAAGUGCUUGCUCUGGGGAUGUUGCGGCGUCGAGUCGGCCGUGUGCUGCCCGGAUCAUCAGCACUGCUGCCCCCACGACUAUCCGGUUUGCCACCCAAAGGACGGGCUUUGCUUGAAGAGUUCUAGCGACGUGCGUGGAGUGAAGCUAACGAAGAGCACACUGCCUAUCUGGAGCUGAUGACAGUGGAUUGACUAUGUAUAUAUUUUUCUACUGUGUACAGAGCUUAUUUAAAUCUAAUAUUAUUGUUGUC